UUAACCGGAAGCCAGUCAAUCGUAGACGAAUAAAGCUUUGUGGAUCCGAACGGGCUAUGGCUGACAUUCUUUGUUGACUAAAGUGGCCGUAAUACUGCAUUAGAUCAGCGAUUUCGCGACGCGACGCGACGACUAACGUAAAUUCUACUAAUUAUUGUCAUUGGUUGAAGAAAAGUGGUCGCGAGCGCUUCUCGAGGGGAGACUUAAUUUGCGGUGAGCUAACGCAAACGUGUUAGCUCCGCUCAGCUCCUUUCCGCUCAGCUCCGCUACGAUGUCGCUGCACGGCAAGAGAAAAGAAAUCUACAAAUACGAGGCGCCAUGGACGGUCUACGCAAUGAACUGGAGCGUACGACCGGACAAACGCUUUCGCUUGGCUCUAGGAAGCUUCGUGGAAGAAUACAACAACAAGGUCCAGCUAGUGGGUCUGGAAGAAGAGAGCUCAGAGUUCGUGUGCCGGAACACCUUUGACCACCCGUACCCAACCACCAAGAUCAUGUGGAUCCCGGAUACUAAGGGGGUCUAUCCAGACCUGCUGGCCACCAGCGGGGACUACUUGCGCAUCUGGAGGGUCAGUGACACGGAAACACGCCUUGAAUGUUUGUUGAACAACAACAAGAACUCAGACUUCUGCGCGCCGCUCACGUCCUUCGACUGGAACGAGGUGGACCCUAACCUUCUGGGCACAUCCAGCAUCGACACCACCUGCACCAUCUGGGGUCUGGAGACAGGUCAGGUUCUAGGUCGCGUCAACCUGGUAUCGGGACACGUCAAGACGCAGCUCAUCGCCCAUGACAAAGAGGUGUACGACAUCGCCUUUAGCCGGGCGGGCGGCGGCCGUGACAUGUUCGCCUCGGUGGGCGCCGACGGCUCGGUGCGCAUGUUCGACCUGCGCCACCUGGAGCACAGCACCAUCAUCUACGAGGAUCCCCAGCACCACCCGCUGCUGCGCCUCUGCUGGAACAAGCAGGACCCCAACUACCUGGCCACUAUGGCCAUGGACGGAAUGGAGGUUGUCAUCCUGGACGUACGUGUGCCGUGCACGCCGGUGGCUCGCCUCAACAACCACCGCGCCUGCGUCAACGGCAUUGCCUGGGCGCCACACUCCUCGUGUCACAUCUGCACCGCAGUAGCCGACGACCACCAGGCUCUGAUCUGGGACAUCCAGCAGAUGCCCCGCGCCAUCGAAGACCCCAUCCUGGCGUACACGGCCGAGGGCGAGAUCAACAACGUGCAGUGGGCGUCCACGCAACCCGACUGGAUCGCCAUCUGCUAUAACAACUGUCUGGAGAUCCUGCGUGUCUGAAUGGGGAAGGAGAGGAGACCACCCCCCCUUCCUUGAAGAGAACUCUGAUUGAACUGUUUGGAGUGGACAUGCUCGGCAAUAAGCCUGGCUUUUUUGUCCGUGAGGCCAUUGUUCUUCGCCUUCUUCUAUUUCUACUCCGUGUGUUCCAGCUCUUUUAUUUAUUCUGCUCUCCAGGUAGACGUCUUGUAGUACUGAGGAGUUUCAGUGCCAAAUUCACAAGAAAAGGAAGAAUUGCUCUACGAGAUUUAGCCUCCUAGAAAAUAGGAGUGUUAAUCUUGUGGUGUUAAUGUUCCUUUUCAGGAUGUCCCUGAUAUUCCUCUGUAUCGUAGUGCUGAACUCAGACAAAGAUUUUGACGUUUGUGAGAUGGUUGUCAUGAUUUCGGUUGUUUGUGUUGUGAAGAUUAAAUAUCAAUUCCGUCAUGACUUCCUAUGGACAGCAGCAACUCCAGACUCUGUAAACAUCUUUGCCCCUUUCUUACAGUUUACCUGUGCUGGAAAAAUGGACUUUUGCCCUCUUGUCUCCUUCCACACGUUGAGGUUGUCUCCUUGUAGCAUGCCAUUACAAGGCAAGGGGGAAAAAGUGUACAUACAUAUAAAUAUAUCCUUCUAAACAUGUCGGAUAGCAAAGUGGUCAAGUUGUAGGCUUUUUUUGCAUUAGGUCUCAUGGAAUUUGGUCUAAUAAAUUGUAUUCAUCCACGUAUCAACUCCGUUUGUAGUUAUUGUCCACUUCUACCUAAUGUAUUGAACUGUUCCUCAAAUAUUUAUA